AUGUCCCCUCUCAGAGGAUAUAUCACAUCCUACCCGCCGCGCGUACGCCAAUAUGGGAACGCGUUGCUCACACCCGUCUACCCGGUGCAGACUGGCCCAACGCCGCGCACGACGAAGCGUGGUACCACAGCGAUCAAUUACGCCGAAGAUGGCUACGAAGAGGAGGAUUUCGAUGAGAGCGAUAACCCCAGGCGACCGACUGGACUGAGGAGCCUGCGGCGCGAGGAAUCAUCCGGUGGCAUGGUGCCGAUGUCCGAGAAGCUGGGCAAAGAAGCGCAUGCGCCAGUGGAGGUGCAAGGAGUCUUUCGUGAAUGGAUGAUCAAAAGGAUGCUACGACCAGCGUGUGCGGACCAACUACAGAUUCAAGCGCAGCUUCCCUUGACACUCGUCCCAAUCCGAAUCGAUGUGGAAGUCCCUGCUCAUCAACCUCUCGAACCUUUCCCUCUGCCCCGUGGGGUCAUGGAUCCUAGCAUCAACCCAACUCUUCCCGCAUAUCGGAGACCCGAGCCAUUACCGCCCUUCAGGAUCAAGGACACGUUCCUCUGGAACCUCCAUGAAGCUCUUGCCACUCCGGAGGAGUUUGCCAUUGGAUUCGUCCGCGAUCUCGACCUUCCCAACCCCCAGGCGACCGCCAUGACCAUCAGCAACCAAAUUCGGCAACAGCUUGAAGAGUUUGCGGGUGUGGCAUUGCAUCCGUUAUUCUCAAGCACUCAACUGGCCCCUGCUCCAAGCGCGCCUCCACAGACUGAAGCAUCUCGAGACACAUCCAUGACUCCCGCUGUUACCAAUGUGGAGACCCCAGAUAGCCGGCCCGCUGGAGCUACUGUCACAGCGACGAAGGAUGCACUUGUCAAUGACAGUCUUUUGAACCCGGAUGACGCGUAUAGGUGUCUGAUCAACCUAAAUAUCAACCUACAAAAUAAGCUCUACACCGACAAGUUUGAAUGGUCUCUGCUCCAUCCUCCCGGCAUGGCCGAGGAGUUUGCGAAAAUCACUUGCGCCGAUCUGCAUCUCGGAGGUGAAUGGGUCAGUGCCAUUUCGCAUGGGAUAUAUGAGGCGGCCUUGAAGCUCAAAAAGGAAGUCUGCGAAAGUGGCGGUCUUAUGAGUGGAAUCAAUGGAUACGGCAAUGAGAUCGACAACCAAGCAGCAAACGGGGUUGAGGCUGGUUGGCGUUAUGACCCCGAGACUCUGGGUGAUGAGUGGGAGCCCAAGGUCGAAACCUUGUCGAAGGAAGAGAUCGAAAGACGAGAAGGUGACCGCGAGCGGCAGAUCCGACGCCUCCGACGAGAAACGGCCCGUUUCUCUUCUACUGCUGGUAUUACACCGGAGGCUUCUCGACAAAGCAGCGGGUACUUUGAGGUUGACAGUGAAACACCCUUGGGACGAGGCGAGCGAAACAAGCGAAAGCGUCGAUUCCGCAGUCUCAGUCCGUUGGGCAGAGGAGGUACACCCGGUGGUCGCGGCACUCCAGACACGAGCUCUGGUGCUGGAUACGGCGGUGGUGGUGGUACGCUUUCAGAAUGGGAACGGCAAAACUGGAGGUGCAACAACUGUAUGGUAUGGGGCACGGCAGUCUGGGCAGUGCGAGAUGGUCCCGAUGGUCCCCGGACUCUCUGCCACAACUGCGGUUUCCUUUAUGAGCGAGACAAGAUCGCCCCCGAAUGGUCUAAAGACCUACAUCGCCACGACGUUCCUGUCGGCCGCUUUAACUAG